AUGCUAUCAAUCCUGCGAAAAGCCCGACUCAAGGACAAGGAGAUGCGAAUCCUGAUGCUUGGACUCGAUAACGCAGGAAAGACGACGAUUGUAAAGAAGGUCAUGGGAGAAGAUGUCAAUACUGUCAGCCCAACGCUAGGUUUCAUUAUCAAGACCAUUGACUACCUAGGGUACAAGCUCAACAUAUGGGACGUGGGCGGUCAGAAGACGCUGCGAUCGUACUGGAGAAACUACUUCGAAAAGACAGAUGCACUGAUAUGGGUUGUUGACGCAACAGACCGUCUACGCAUUCAAGACUGCAGAGACGAGCUCCAAGGGCUACUUUUGGAAGAGCGUCUUGCAGGGGCAAGCUUGCUCGUGUUUGCGAACAAGACAGAUGUUGAGGGAUGCAUGACGGAAGCAGAGAUUCUCUCGGAACUGGAACUGGAAUCUAUACGAACACAUCGCUGGAACAUCCUUCCGUGCAGUGCAAUGACCGGAAGUAAUCUCGACGAGGGACUAUCAUGGGUGGUGGAGGAGGCGAAGAAGCGUCUGUUCCUUUACUGA